AUGGACUGGGAGAAUGGAACGAAAGCGAAGGAAGAUCCAAGGAAGACAAGAAGGCCUUGUGGUGGUUUAGAUUUCUGUUCUGAAGAGGAGAGUUCGUAUUCGAAUGGGUAUGAGUAUGACAACGAGGGUUCCUCUUCUACCUCCACACCUUCUUCUUCUUCUUCUUCUUCUUGUUCUUCAAGGGACGAUUACCGUUACGAAGGCGAUGAUGUUCUCGUUGUUGCCGGUUGCAAGAGAUGUUUCAUGUACUUUAUAUGCUUCCCAAACAGGUCCAAGAGUGCCCCAAAUGCAAUGGUCUCAUCCUUCACUUCAAUCGAUCGAUACCUGGAUGAGCUACUCAAGACAGGUAAAGAUCUCAGGCAGUACAGAAACGUGAAGAAAACGAUAUUCCAACACGCCGAUGACCUUAAGACACUUGUGAGUGCUGCAAUGACGAAUCAGGAGUCCUGUUUGGACGGGUUCUCCCAUGAUGGAGCGGAUAAGGAGGUGAAAGCAGUGCAGGAGGCAGGUCAGGUUCACGUUUAUAAGAUUUGUAGUAACGCAUUAGCCAUGAUCAAGAACAUGACCGACACACACAUGGCUGAGGAGAGGAAGGAGAGGCGGUUGAUGAUGGGUGAUGACAUUGAAACCAAUGAGAGAGGGAGUGAGUUUCCGGAGUGGUUGUCGGCGGGUGACCAGAGGCUGCUUCAGGCAAUGACGGUGACGGCGUAUGUGACGGUAGCGGCGGAUGGGAGUGGGAACUUUAAGACGGUGGCGGCUGCAGUGGCGGCAGCGCCGGAGAAGAGUAGUAAGAGGUAUGUGAUUAUUGAAAGUUCACGGUAA